CGGGGAGGGCGCAGGGCGCAGGCAUGGCGGGGAGCGGGCUGUGCGUGGCGGUGCUGGCCGCGGCGCUGGCGCUGGCGGGGGCCGUGCGGGGCGGCGAGGAGCGCUCGCGGCUGCUGGGGGCGGCGGUGGCCAUCGAGAACCCCGAGAACGACGAGGGGCUGCAGCGGGCCCUGCAGUUCGCCAUGGCGGAGUACAACAAGGCCAGCAACGACAUGUACUCCAGCCGGGUGGUGCGGGUGAUCAGCGCCAAGAGGCAGCUGGUGUCUGGACUCAAGUAUACGAUUGAAGUUGAGAUCGGCCGGACAACUUGCCCCAAGCCAGCAACUGAUCUCCAGAGCUGUGCUUUCCAUGAUGAGCCACAGAUGGCUAAGCACACCACUUGUGAAUUUGUAGUGUACACUAUUCCUUGGCUGAACCAAAUUAAACUACUGACCAGUCGCUGCCAGUAAAUGUACCUUGGUUCCAGCAGAGACCAGCAAGCAGUUGCUCAGAUUUAAAAGGAAAAAAAAAAAAAGGCAAUAACACAAAUUGAGAUGGGCUUUAUCAAUGCCUGUUAACUCAGCUACUCAUGUAUGCUAGUGCUAUGCAAGUUAAACUAUGUAACUUUCUUUUAAAGUACAGUAUGAUCUCAACUUUUUCUUCUUUGUAAUUAGAUUUUAGAGCAGCUGUUCUGGUCUUCUUACAGCUUUCCCAAUAAAGUAACUCCAGCAUCAGAAUUCUGAUUAAAAAAAACGAGUUUGUAUCCCUGUUAAGUGACUACUGUAAACAUAAAAAAAUAAUUAAUAA